AUGAACGCCGUCCGUCACGCGGUCCCGGCGCUGUCCGCGGCGCCGCGGCUGCACCGCAGGAACGCGCCUGCUCCUGCGCCCGCACACCGCGCGCUGCGCCCCCUCGGGCCCAAGGGCCUGCGCACGGAGACCGCGCCGCGCCGCGUCGGGCGCAGCUACCGUCCGUCGUCGUCGACGCCCGGGCCCGUCGGCUCCGCUGACGACGUCGCUGCAACCGCCCAGCUCCCCGCGGCACCCAAGGAGAAGUUCGAGCUCAUCAACGGCAUCAGCGACAUGAAGAGCGUCCAGGACGAGGUGUUCGCCGGCCUCACGACCGCCGUCGUCGCGCUCCCCCUCGCGCUCGCCUUCGGCGUCGCGUCCGGCGCCGGCGCCCUCGCCGGCCUCUACGGCGCGAUCUUCGUCGGAUUCUUCGCAGCGCUCCUUGGGGGGACGCCGUCGCAGGUGUCCGGCCCGACGGGCCCGAUGACCGUCAUCAUGGCCAGCAUCAUCGCGGCGAACUCCGGGAGCACCGCCACGGCCUUCACCGUCGUCGCGCUCGCGGGAGUGCUCCAGGUGGUCUUUGGCGCUCUGCGCUUGGGGGGUCUCAUCUUCCUGGUCCCCAAGUCGGUGACGUCCGGGUUCAUGACCGGCAUCGGCAGCAUCAUCAUCUCGCUGCAGAGCGCAGUCAUCCUGGGCAGCGCGGCGAAGGGCAACGUCCCCGCCGCGCUCGCGUCGCUCCCCACGGCGAUCAAGAACGUGAACCCGUCCGCGGCGGCCCUCGGCGCUCUGUCGCUGGCGUGCUGCCUGUACUGGCCUGCGAAGCUCCGGAAGUUCGUCCCGGGCCCGCUCGCCGCGCUCAUCAUCACGACCACGCUCUCCGCGACCGGCGUCCUCGCCGGCGCCCCGACCCUCGGCGCCCUCCCCUCGGGCCUGCCCUCGGUGUCCAUGCCGGUGUUCUCCCUCGCCGUGCUCGCGCCGGCCGUGACGCUCGCGAUCCUCGGCACGAUCGACUCGCUCCUGACCUCCCUCGUCGCGGACUCCAUCACCGGGACGUACCACAAGCCCAACCGCGAGCUCAUCGGGCAGGGUGUGGGCAACUUCGUGGCCGGGCUCUUCGGCGGCGUGGCGGGCGCGGGCGCCACGAUGCGCACGGUCGUGAACGUGCGCGCGGGCGGCCGCACGCCCAUCUCCGGCGCCAUGCACUCGGUGUUCCUGCUCGGGAUCGUCCUCUGCUUCUCGCAGCAGGCCGGCGCCAUCCCGCACGCGGCGCUCGCGGGCAUUCUGAUCAAGACGGGCCUCGACGUGAUCGACUGGACCUUCCUGAAGCGCUGGCAGCGGCUGACGUUCGAGGCCGUGGCCGCGUUCGCCACCACGGUGCUGCUGACCGUGUUUGUCGACCUGAUCCAGGCUGUGGUGGCCGGCACGGCGCUGACGAUGCUGCUCGGCAUCGCGUCGUCGCAGAAGCGCCAGGUGAACAGCGUGCGCGUGCUCACGGGCAAGAGCGUGUCGAUGGCCGACAUUGACAACGGGCGCUGCCCGCUCCGCGUUGCCGAGCGCCUGGGCGCCGAGAAGGGCCUCGCGGUGUACUCGCUGCGCGGCGACCUGGACUAUGCCGGAGCCACGCCGAUCGUCCGCUCGAUCCUGCCGGACCUGGAGUCGCGCAAGGGUGCGGUCCUGGACCUGUCGAAGGUCGAGUCCAUCGACUCGAGCGUCGCCCUCGCCGUCGAGGAGCUCGUGUCGCGCGCGCACAAGUCCAACGUCGCGCUGGGCAUCGCCGGGGCCGCGGGGCAGCCCAAGGAGGUGCUCUCGAAGCUCGGCGUGACGUCGUUCGAGGGCGCCGGGAUCGACAUGCGCCUCGAAGAGUGCGUCGACAGGGUGUUCCAGGGGUGCCGCGCCUGA